AUGCAGGAUCAAGAUGAUUCUGGCUCAGACACGGACGACACGCGCGAGGAGAAGUGUAACGUCCCGUUCGAAUGCUCCGAAUCCGACUUUGCAAUCGUCACGCCGCCUUCUGCGCUCUGUCGCUUCUUCGUGCUGGGUAAAUGUCGUUAUGGCAGUCGUUGUACCUUUUCACAUACGCUUCCUGCACACGUGAGUGAGUGUGCUGCUGAUGAAACAGAGAGUCUAUUGGCAGCAGCGGCAUUAGUCGAUUGCCCGUAUUUCCUGCGUGGCAAUUGUAUGUUUGGUGAGCGGUGCCGCCUUCGACACAAUCCAGCGGUAUUGCCGGAGGCUUUAGCUACAUCUGCUACGUGUUCUACUCCAAGAAUGACGAGAAAUGCGAUGUCUACUGACAACGAGCAAGAUUUCACCUGUGGCAUCUGUUUCGAUGAUAUCGUCCAGUCUGGCAAACAUUUUGGUUUAUUAAGCUGUGAUCACUGUUUUUGUUUGGAUUGCUUGCGUUCGUGGCGACAGUCGAAGGAUAUGGAGCUUGUGCGCGCGUGCCCGGCUUGCCGACUUCCAAGUGACUAUAUCGUGCCAUCGCUCAUAUUCUGCAUUGGUGAAGAGAAGCGCGAGGUAGUGGAGGCGUACAAGAGCCACUUGGCGCUGCGCGAGUGCAAGUACUUUAAUGGUCUCUUUGGUAGCUGCCCAUUUGGCCCCCGUUGUUUUUACGCGCAUCGUGACAGUGAAGGGAAUGAUGUAAAGGACCUGGAUCGUCCUAAACGAUCGACAAAGCCACGCCGCAGUCGAACUGGACGACUAGGCGACGAUUCGACGCUGCAGUCGCUGCUUCAGCAAUACAGCCACCUCUUUCACUUCUUUGAAGCUGCGGACUGGGACGACUUUGACUUGGUCGGUGACAUGUACGACUCGGAUGACUCGGAUGAAGACUACGUCGAGUACGGGUUUUCAGACUAUGAUUAUGAUACAGAGUAG